AUGUUACCCUCAUUCAACACCUCUGCCGACGACUCUCCACCCAAAACCCCAGUCUCUCCCUCACCCCCCGGCUUCGUCAAGAAAAUCGCGGAAAAAUACGAGCGCCCGAAGCUCCAGAUCCCAGACGCGGACCCCGCGAGGCCACUGCGCGGUUUGAAAAAAGAAUGCAAGGAUCCGUGGAAGGAAGAGAAGCGGCGGGAAGAGCUGCGCGAGCGGAUCAGGAAGGGGGAUGGGGGGUUGGAUCCGCAUCUGAGGGAGCCGUGGGUGAGGGCGAGGGAGGAGGAGGCGCGCGCGUCGCCUGUGGACGGCGAAGGGCGCGGAGAGGAUGUAGAAUCUGGAGCUGAAAGCGAUGAAGGCGAGCGAGACGCCCUCGUCCAGCUCCAGCUCCCAGCAUGCCUCCACCUCCUACGCGCCCAGCCCAGCCUCCUGCCCCUGCACACCACGCCAUUCGCCUACGCAGUUGACCCCUACCUCCAGAACAACCCCGAAUAUAGACACUACCUCUCCCCUACAACGCCCUCCUCCUCGUCCACGCUCUCCAACCUCCCCUCCGGCGGAAGCGGUGUUCACGCGGACGAGGUCAGCGCGCGCACCGACGAAGCCUUUCCCGAGAUCCCCUUUGAGAGCAUCGAGGUGUACCUGCACGAGAGAGACAAGUUGCAGGUGCGCCUGCAGCUCCAGCAGGUGCGCACGCUGCUGGUGCGGUGCACGGUGCUGGUGCGGUCCGCGUGGGCACUCGAGCAGACUGGGUGGAGAUCGACUGCUUGUGCGCGUGGGAGAAGCGUAGACGCAGUUGCAGACGACGAGAGUCGCGUGGAACAUGCGUGGUACAAGGCGUACUCGAAAGCUGGGCGGGCCGCGGAGAAGGCGGGGCAGAUGGCGAAGGCGCUGGGUAUCGAUGGGCUGCAGGCAAGGACGUGGUACUGGAAGGGGCAGGCUGACGCGGGGAGGAGGUAUUGGGACGAGGCGGGUGCGGCAUUCCGGAGGGCGGAGCAGUUUGAUCGGGAGAAGAGUAUGGCAUUGAAGGUGGAGGAGUAUGGACAGAUCGGGCUGACGCCGGUCGAGAGGUGGGACGUCGGUGAAUUGCGGAGAAAGUGCGAGGAAAAGGACAAGCGCGUGCAGCGGCGGAGGCAGCAGCGUGCGUGGGCGAUGGAGAUGGCGGGUGGGGAAGAGCGAGACGAGUCGGAUGAUGACUUGGAGGAAGAGCUCGUAGAUUUGGAGGUGCUACGCGGUGUGAUACGCGGAGAAGUCAGGGCGGAAGAUUCGGUCGACGCUGCAAAGAAAAGGCUUUGGAAGCUCAAGGAAGAGGAGGCGCUCGAGGCUAUCAGCGUUGCGAGGGCCAAAAACAAGUCGAGGUGGUACUCGGGGAUUUUGUCGAAAGAAGAACUGGCGUCUAUCAUUGACAGCGUUCCUAUUUCCGAGAAACAAGCGGAGAAGAGCAUGAAGAGCGAGGAAUUCCGGGAUGAUCUUAUGGAUUGA